GAGAGUAUUAUUAAAAAAUUACACCUCAGCUGGCCUUUGGCUUUUCAGAAGAACCUAACAUCGUCACCUCCACCUACCACCAACACCUUAUAAACACCACUCUGCAAUCGCCGCCACCCACGGCGGACUUUCCCAUACAUCCUCCUCCAUUAAUACACACACACAUUCUUCAUCAUAAACCUCUUCAACACUCUCACCGCCACUACUCACCACACUUCUCUGCUUCCUUCAAUGGCCUUAGCACCUCCUACCACCACCACCUCACUCUCAAACCCCUUCCUCUCCUCCAAACCGUCCUUAUCAUCACCGUUCGUUAACCUACCGACUGUUUCACGUAGAUCUCCUACGAAGUUUACUGUUCGGAACUCGGUUUCGGUUGCGCAGUCUCCGUCCGUAUCGGCAGCGAAAUCAUCGACGGUGAAGUCGGUGAAGGCGAGGCAGAUUAUUGACAGCAGAGGAAAUCCGACGGUGGAGGUUGAUCUGGUGACUGAUGAUCUGUACCGAUCUGCGGUUCCGAGUGGAGCGUCUACCGGAAUCUACGAGGCGUUGGAGCUUAGAGACGGUGAUAAGAGUGUUUAUGGCGGAAAAGGUGUUCUUAAUGCUGUUAAGAAUAUUAAUGAGGUGUUAGGACCCAAACUUAUUGGUGUGGAUGUCAGGAAUCAAGCUGAAUUUGAUGGCAUCAUGCUAGAGAUUGACGGAACUCCAAACAAGUCUAAACUCGGAGCUAAUGCAAUACUUGGAGUAUCCCUCAGUGCAUGCAGAGCUGGUGCAGGAGCAAAAAGCAUACCGUUGUACAAACACAUUCAAGAGAUAUCAGGAACAAAAGAGCUUGUUAUGCCAGUUCCAGCAUUCAAUGUGAUUAACGGAGGUAGCCAUGCUGGCAAUAAUCUAGCCAUGCAAGAAUUCAUGAUAUUGCCAGUUGGCGCAACUUCAUUCGCUGAGGCUCUACGUAUGGGUAGUGAAGUUUAUCACACGCUGAAGGGGAUCAUUAAAGCAAAAUACGGACAAGAUGCAUGCAAUGUUGGUGAUGAAGGUGGUUUUGCUCCCAAUGUCCAGGAUAACAGGGAAGGCCUCGUGUUGCUCAUUGAUGCAAUCGAAAAGGCUGGUUACACCGGCAAGAUUAAAAUAGGAAUGGAUGUUGCUGCUUCCGAGUUCUUAACAAAAGAUGGUAAAUACGAUCUCAAUUUCAAGAAACAACCAAAUGAUGGAGCUCACGUUCUCUCAGCUCCAAGUCUUGGUGAUCUAUAUAGAGAGUUUGUGAGAGAUUUCCCGAUUGUAUCGAUUGAAGACCCCUUUGACCAAGAUGAUUGGACCUCGUGGACUUCACUACAAUCUUCCGUCGAUAUCCAACUUGUUGGGGAUGACUUGUUGGUCACCAAUCCGAAGAGAAUUGCAGAAGGUAUUCAGAAAAAGGCCUGCAAUGCUCUGCUAUUAAAGGUUAACCAGAUAGGUACGGUAACUGAAUCUAUCCAAGCAGCUCUUGACUCAAAAGCUGCAGGAUGGGGUGUGAUGGUUAGCCACCGUAGUGGUGAAACAGAGGAUAACUUCAUUGCAGAUCUUUCUGUUGGCUUGGCUAGCGGACAGAUUAAGACGGGCGCUCCUUGCCGAAGUGAGCGAUUGGCCAAGUAUAACCAGCUUUUGCGCAUUGAAGAGGAACUUGGAAAUGUCCGCUAUGCAGGUGAAGCAUUCAGAUCUCCAUGAGAAUUGAACGCCAAAUCGGAAAUAAAAUAUGGAGCAAGAUACUAUCCAGCUCUGCAAUUAGAGUUGUAAACCUUACUAGGCUUUUACUAUUUCCGAAAAUAACAAAAUGAAGGGUUGUGGACAACAAAAGCUAUUUGCAUGUUUUGUUGCUUGAAACUUUGUAUUUGUACUUUUGAUAUCUGUUUUUGGCCCCUUUGUUGGAGAUGAACAAAAUGUUAUUGCCAUGGAUUCUUUUCUUAUGAACCAAUAGGAAUACUUGUGUCAA